GGCAGCUCGCGCAUCAGUGACGGGUUUGCUUUCGACCCUUAUUUUCCAACAUGGACUUCUCACAAUUCAAUGCGGCGGAGCAGGCACACAUGAGCAAAGUCAUCGAGAAGAAGCAGAUGCAAGACUUUAUGCGAAUGUAUUCAAGUCUUGUGGAGAGGUGUUUCAAUUCCUGUUGCAAUGACUUUACGAGCAAGGCAUUGUCUACAAAAGAGGAGCAGUGCAUGCUGAAUUGCGCAGACAAGUUCUUGAAGCAUUCGGAAAGGGUCGGGGCGCGCUUUGCAGAGCAGAAUGCAGAGGCCAUGAACGCUUUACAAAAGUAAUCUCACAUCUCGUUAAGGCUUUUGACCCUGUAUCGUAUCUUUGCGUAAUACCAUCUCUCCCCGUUUGAUGGCUGC